AAUGUAGGUGAAUUUUGAAAUACCCAUAUUAUGUAAACGUCAUUGACGGAAGCUGUUGAAUUACGUCAUUAGCCCUUCACUUCCUGGCCCGUGGUAACGCCGAGUUCGUGUGUAGAGAAGGCCAUGGCUCGUGGGCAGCAGAAGAUACAGUCCCAACAGAAGAACGCAAAGAAAGCAGCCGAGAAAAAGAAGGGUCAAGCAGCAGAUCAGAAGACUGCAGCCAAAGCAGCUUUGGUUCACACAUGUCCUGUCUGCAGGACUCAGAUGCCAGACCCAAAGACAUUUAAACAACAUUUUGAAAGCAAACACCCAAAGUCUCCUAUGCCUCCAGAACUGGUUGAUGUACAAGCUUAAAAGAUGAACCUAAAACAGGGACCCCGGGUAAGAAAUGCCAUGUUUUCUGCCAACUGACUCGACUCGCUGUAUUAAACAUAGACCCUGAACCAGAUGUGGAUACAGUAACAAGGAGAUUUAAGGACAGACACAAGCACACCAGCACUCAUUAUUUUUUAUAUUUUUAUAUUGCUUCCAUCUUUUCAAAGUGUGCUGCGUGACCUAACAGUUUCAUUGUUAUGUGCUUUCACUCAUAUUUAUGCACCACUGAAGACGAGACAUCUUUUCUAUUGCCCCAUGGUGUUUUUGUCCCUGUAAAGUUUGAUUUUUAAAACCUGAUUAGGUGCUGUCCACCAUGUUUUCUAAAGGUUAUCAGAAAAUGCCCUGAUCUUUUAACUGUGAACCAUGGUUAAGAGCUGCACCAUUGUGUGUAUUACUUAAUAUAGGAACCAGGAAUGGAAUAAAUUGCGUUAAUGUGCUUGAAAUGAUCACACAUGCGAUACAACUGCUCCUGUUUUAGUACACGGAAUGAGUCAGUAACCAUGGACACACUUUUGUUACAUUGAUUUCUAAAGUUUUCAAUAAAUGUAUAUGCAUAUAA